ACAGUGAAGUUUCCACGGGUGCGUGUGGGAGCGUGGACACGUCAUGUCAUGAAUUAAACGUAAAAUUAAAUUGAAUUAAAUAAAAAUUAAAGUGCGUUUCAAUCACACGUAACACAAGGCAGCGGUUCUCUGUGAAGGAUUUCUUCAACGCCAUAAGCACGAAUAAUUAAUGAUACUUGUGUGGUUAAUGGAUAUAAUAAGCGCAGGAUAUAAACACAAGCUUUGAAUCAGCAUUGAAGAAACUGGAUCUUGGAGAGCUGCUGUCUUCAUACGUCAGUGCUUCAGGGUGAAGAUUUUUUAAAUUCAGCUGGUCUCUGACAAUCACUUUUAAGCAAUUCCUCAGCAACCAUCUGAAAUCAGAGGCCCUUGCUUUUAAAUUGACGUUUAAGCCCAAGAUUAAAGACUUCCACCUUGAUAUUUGCAAGAGAUGUUAGGAUUCUAACUUGAAGGAACUUUCAAGACCUAAUCAAAUUCAUCAUGCAUCUGGAGGUGAAGGUCGCGUUGAACUUCAUAGUGUCCUACUUGUACAACAAGCUCCCACGCCGUAGGGCUGAUCUGUUCGGCGAGGAGUUGGAGCGUAUCCUGGUGUCCCGCUUCGAAGGGCACUGGUACCCUGAAGCACCUUUACGUGGUUCUGCCUUCCGCUGCCUCCAUCUGGGAGCUCCCAGGGAUCCUGUGGUGGAGCUGGCAGCCAGGAGGAGCGGUCUAGACACCGAAGAGGUCCGUGCCAAUGUUCCCCCCGAGCUCAGCAUUUGGAUCGACCCUUACGAAGUGUCCUACCAGAUUGGGGAGAAGGGUGCUGUGAAAGUCCUCUACACAGAGGAUCCGCCAGGUUUAGGGGGCGACGCCGAAAGGUCUGACGUCGUUCUCAAAGGAGACGUGGAGUUCGAGGACGUCAAGAGUCUGGGCUUUAACCCAGAAGCUCAGGUGUUCGUGCCCAUCGGUGGCCAUGUGUCACCGGUCAUGCUACCGUCGCUCUCCAGUUCGCCAACUCCUCUUUCUACCUCAUCUUGCCCGGGACUGUUCGGCUAUGCUACUCCCAGCACUCCCACGAAUCCCAGCGCUCAUUCUUCCAACACAUCCACCCCGUCGCCACCAAGCGCUGGCCUUUUGUACUCUACUCCCAACUCCCGACCCACACCUCAACCGAUCACCUUCACCACAGCCAGCUUCGCCGCCACCAAAUUUGGCUCCACCAAGAUGAAGAAAUGCGGGAACCCCGGAGUCGCCUCCGGUUCUGGCGUCCCCACGGCCCCGCAACCGAGGAUGAUCACGCGCUCCCCCAGCACCAUCUCCCCACCGGGUCUGGUCAAGCACAAACCCUUGUCCCUUUCCAUGCACUCUCUAGCUGGACCCAUCCCAAGCCAAUUGUCUCCUAAUGCCAAAGAGUUUGUGUUUCCCGCUUCCCAGAGGCCCCUCUACUUUGACGCCGAAGGUCCGCCAAUGACGCCGUUCCAGGCUCCGCACCCGCAGGCAUCCUUCGAUCCGUUCUCCAGUCCACAACCAGGUCAAGCUGUGGGAAUCAUUGGAGGCAACAGUGGAAUUUCCUUCAUGGAUAAGCCACCAUUCGUGGAAGGACUCGGAUACAACCUGCAGUAUUCCGGCCAGGCUUUCCAACCCGUGGUUUUGGCCAACUGAAGUCUCAGAGUUGAAGAGAUCCCAAUGCUGAAACACUUUCCUUGAGGACAAUUUUUUUUCGUCCAUGAAUUAUUGUUAUUACCACCCUGACAAAUCAAGAGUAUUAUGACUACUAAUUGAGUAUUACUUGUGAUCCGUUCGUUUGUUUCUCGUUUCAUAAUGUUGUUUUUUUUUUUUUUUUUUUUUUUUUUUUUUUUUUUUAUGAAUUGACUAUCUCUUGGAGUAACCAGCCUCCUGUUGCACAGGUGUUUUUGCGUUUGUUGUUUUCAGUAAUGCGUCACUUUAUCGCCCAAAUGUUUGUCUAUUCUAUAAUCUGCUUUGAUUAAUGCUACUUUUUAAAAUUGAUUCUGGGAAGAAAAGCUAAUAUUCUUACAGAAGAUUCUAGAUGCCUAAGAGGGAUUUCUGGGAGGGUGUUUAUGUCCAGAAAUAUGACGCUCUGGAGAUUACAGCCACGUUAACAGUUUGGUCACACCUCAGUGGUCAUAAUUGAUGAUUUAUGGUAAUUUUAUGACACGUUCUCUGAACCGACGUGGGUCUCGUGCUCUUGAGCUGAUGAUUAAGAGGCAGCUCAUGUCUAGUAUGUUGGUUUAGCUUUAGAAUUCUCCUUUUCAGUUUAAACACAUUGAGCCAAAUCCUGAUGAAACCAGCCAGUGUUUAAACCUGUUUCUAGUGACAUAGAUUGAGGAUUGAUGUUGUAUAUUUUCAUUCGGGCAGAUCUCAUAAGUUAAGACACCGAAGAUGCACAGACAAAAUGAUUGACUGCGAGUAGUUUCGCACUCGGGUUCCCGAUGCGUGAAGGUACUGGUUGGAGAUUUUAAUAACCGCUGGAUGUCUUUGAAGGGAUGGGACACGAGAGGUCAUUAGCAUUCCGGCACAGACUUGCAUUGAAUUUAAUGUUAUUUUUACAUGUUCCAGAGGUCGUAAAUGGUGGUUUCAAAGAGAUGCUACAGGGAAAAUUGCACUUCGUUUUCUCCUCUCUAGGACUCUGAAUGUUACCUCAUAUUUUGGCUGCAGUGGCUGUGUUUUGUGAAGCAUUUUAUUGCACUGGGAUGGAGGCUGGCAUUCUAGAAUCUUCUUGAAGGUAGGAGCCAAUGCUGGCUUCCUUUAUGACAUUGCUUCCCCCUCAGCGUACCGUCCCGUCCAGCUGCGCACUUUACGCACCGGGCCUUUGGAACCCCCCGUAAUGCCUCACAAUAAACACUAUGUGCUAGAUGCUAAAGGUCCUUUACUCGCCCUUUAAUGGCCAAUUAUGUCUGAACUAUAGCUUGGUAAUGUAGUUUAAAGAUUGUAUAAAAAAAAAAAAUGAAGAACUUUCUAAGACGCUUGGGUGAGACUGUACUAGUUGUGACGACUGUCCUUGACAUUUGAAAUGUGAACAUCAGCUUCAUGUAUAUUCAAUCGUUUCCAUUGAUUUCAUUUGGGGUGGGGAGGGUUUAGAUUUCUCUAUAAAUGCUACGACUGGGUGUAUUUUUACAUUUGUUUGUAAUUUAUUUACAAUUUUUCUAUAUUUUUUCGUGUGUUUUUUCAAAAGAGUUCUCUACGGCAUUUAUAAAGCAAAUUAAGAGAUAUAUACGAUGAUGACAUUAAUAUGUAUAUAUUUCUUAUGUUUGAGAUCUUUUGU